CAUCGCCAAGGGAAGAAGCUACUUGUGGCUGUUCGUAUUCGACUGCGGUUGCGAUUGUGUUUCCGUCCGAAAAGAGACACUCAACUGCACAGUGAUCGUAACCUACCGAUGAAGCGACCGGCUUCUGGUUGUCGGAUACCUUUCGGCAGUUGAUAAGAAUUUUUAUCGUUUAAUUAACGUCAAAGCUUUAACAUGGGAACUCAAGAAAGCUAUGUCUUCUUUUGGUUCGUGACAUUCUGCGGCAUGUUUACGGCAUUCAUCCCAUUUGUCGUCAGAAUGGUGCUUCAGGUGAUUUCACAGGAGACAGAGAUGGAAUCGAACAUGCGUCGACAAGUAUGUGAUCUCAGAGCCGAACUUGGAAGCAUGAACAUAGUCGACGAGUUCGCGAAGUACGCAAAGAUACAACGAAAGAUUAACAAGAUGUCGGAAGAGCUGGCGCACCAGGCUCAGCUAAAGUCUAUGUACACAUUCAAGGUGAGGCUGGCAGCCACAGCACUUCUCUAUGCACUCAUGGGUAUGACAGUCGCUUACCUUGUGUGGAACUACAGGACGCAACCUGUUGUGGUCUUGCCAGAGGCAUGGCUCUCACCUGUUGGUGCACUACUUGCACCUGCAUCCGCUUCACCAGGUGGGAUUGGGCUCACACCUUGGCUCCUGGUGUCUGGUUCAGUUGGGCGACAGAUUGCAAAGCACCUAUAGUUCAUUGGUUCAUCUGGCAUCAUCGGCAGUAGAUGUUAGACUACAUCACUACCCAAUUUUUCACUUCAUGCGUGUGCAUUAUUGUGGGAAACUGGGCAUAACAUAAAACUGUUGUGUGGUGUGUGCGUGUGUGUUUGGCUAAGUCUUAAAUAAAAUCCUCCCUUUAUUGAAA